CGCAGGGCUCCCGGAGGCCGCGCAGAAGAGUGCCCCUGCGAGUGCCCAUCCCCCAACUUUCACCACGUGAGCCGGGAACCCGUCGACCCGGCUGCCUGGUCGCCGUGGUAGGUCGUUGUCAUGGCCUCUCCGUGGGAAGAACUGACCCUUGCCUUUUCUAGCAUGUCUAUGUUCCCCUUUUUCGACAUCGCUCACUACUUGGUAUCCCUGAUGGCGCUGAAGCGUCAACCGGGAGCAGUGGAGGUGGCAUGGAAGAAUCCUAUUUCAAGUUGGUUUACUGCUAUGCUCCACUGUUUUGGUGGAGGAAUUUUAUCCUGUGUACUGCUUUCAGAGCCUCCAUUGAAGUUUCUUGCAAACAACACUAAUGUGUUACUAGCAUCUUCAAUCUGGUAUAUUAUUUUUUUUUGCCCAUAUGACCUAGUUUCCCAGGGCUAUUCUUUGCUACCUGUUCAACUCUUGGCUGCAGGAAUGAAGGAGGUGACCAGAACUUGGAAAAUAGUAGGUGGAGUCACACAUGCUAAUAGCUAUUACAAAAAUGGCUGGAUAGUCAUGAUAGCUAUUGGAUGGGCCCGAGGGGCAGGCGGUAGCAUAAUCACGAAUUUUGAGCAGCUGGUAAGAGGAGGUUGGAGACCACAAGCUGAUGAAUGGCCGAAGAUGUCCUACCCUGCCAAAGUAACCCUGCUGGGGUCAAUUAUCUUCACAUUUCAGCAUACUGAACAUCUGGCAAUACCAAAGCAUAAUCUUGUGUUCCUCUAUACCAUGUUUCUCGUGGGCACAAAGAUAAUCAUGAUGAUUACAGAGACUGCUACUGUGCCUUUUGCUCCUUUAGAGGACGCAUUGAGAUGGAUAUUAUUUGGCUGGCAGCAGCAAUUCUCAUCAUAUGAAAAGAAAAGUGAAAUAAAAUCAUCUUCCAGAGGUUCUGGUUCAUUGACCUCAAAAUCUAUAGCUGGUACUUCAGAUAAAGUUAAAAAGAAACAUACUAAGAAGACUGAUUAAUUUACUUCAUGAGUUUUAGAAGGCAAAAAUUUUUUUCUCUACCUGUCAGAUUGUGAUAAAUAUUUCUAUUGUAAAUGAUGUGAAAUAAAGAUUAUAUGUAAGGAAUGGAGGUGACAAAAAAAAAGAACAACUUUCUAUUUCAGGGAGACUCUCCCUUUCCAGAUUGUAAUUCUUGAGUGUUGUGAGUGUAUCAUGUGAAACUGUUUUUCUAAGUUAUACAAAAAUAUUUUAUUGUGGUUAUUUUAUAGUUUUAUAUUGAUAAAAGCAGGCUAGAUGUUUUUAUGUCAGAGAAAAUAAACCUACUAUCAUUGUAAAAUUACAAAAAUUAAAGCCCUUUUGUUUUAUUUAGAUAUUUUUUAAUCUAUUUGAGUUUCAGUUCAGCAACAUUAAACUUCUAAUUCACAUUAUCCUAUAAUUUCUAGAUGUAGAAAACAAUUCCUGUUUAAUUUUGAACACUGGGAAGAGUAAACUUUACCUAAAUCACUUUAUAUUACAAAUGAAAAAAAGUUACUAGUUUGUAUUUCAGAUAUAAAAAAAUUGUAUAUUUUGUUCACAUUAAAUGGAAAUAUCUGAA